CUGUCCCAAGUUAGAGUGCUCAAGGCAGACACCUCUUCAGUAUAUAUUUUUAUAACUAAAUGCAUGGAAACAACCGGAUGUUUUAAUAGCGGAUUUUUUUAUUUACAAUGUGUUUCUUUUGCAAAUAGUCGUGGUUUGAGGAAGUUUUAGAUUUCUAAACGAGGUUGAAUUUUGGAUGAUAGUCGCUUGAGUUCGGAGUUCCAAGAUGAACUUCAAUCUGACGUUCAUCAAAUGUUCGGUGGUGGUGUUCCUGCUGUGCUCUGGGCUGGUGUGCUGUUGGGCAGAGCUGAAUGGCGUGGUGGCGGCCCAGUGGUCCGGCGAUGACAGGAACCGGACGCUGCGACACAGAACCUGUCUGGAGAACCAGCAGUACCUCCACCAGGGUCUCUGCUGCCUCAACUGCCAGGCUGGUACGUUCGUGCAGAGGGCGUGUGACCGGAACAUGGAGCAGGGGACGUGCAUGCCCUGCGAACAUGGCUUCACCUACACAGAACACUCCAACGGGAUGAACCGCUGCCUGCCCUGUACCCACUGUCGCAUGGACCAGAGCCAGACAGUGCCCUGUACCAGUACAACAGACACCCAGUGCCAGUGUCAAACUGGCACCUUCUGCGUGCCAGAGCAGGCCUGUGAGGUCUGCAAGAGAUGUGCCAAUUGUAAAGCGGGGGAGGAGGUGGUGAAGAAAUGCACCCCCAUCUCCAACACUGUGUGUAGGAAACGGGACGUCUCUCCUACCCUCCACCCGACUGCCCUCCCCACCCCCGCCCCCAGCUCAUCAGAGACCAUAGUUACGCCAUUGGUCAUUCUGCUCUUGCUCUUCCUCCUCGCCAUCGGGAUUGGUGUGUGGCUUUGGAUCAAGAGGCCAUGUACAUUUCGGCCAGUUUGUCUCUCAGGUUCAGACAGUUGCUGUGACUCCAGUGACAUCGUGAAGAUUGCCAUUGAUGAGAGUGGGCCCACAGCAGAGGAGAGACAGAACAGCCAGAAUGCUGGCCUGGAGGGGGAGGUGGGCGAGGAGGUCCGUCCCGAGUCACGUCCCCUGCUGCAGGAGACCCAGGAUGGCCUGAUCAAGGCCUCCCCUCCCCUGGGACUGGGGGAAGACGAGGACCGGGGCCUGGGCGACAGCCUGCCCAACACCACCAGCUCCUCCCAGACCAGCCUGUCGGCCCUGCCCACCGCCGGGGCAGCCUCGUCGGGCAGCUCCCCCCGACACAGCCCCUCCGCCCAGAGACUGCAGCCCACAGCCAGGGAUGAUCCUCUGCAGAAUAAACUGGUGUCCCUGCUAGGGGAUGAGACAUCCCUGAAGAAGAGCUUUGACCUCUUCGACGAGUGCCUGGACAUACGGAUCCACAACAAGUUUUUCCGCUACAUCGGCGUCAAUGACAACCACAUCAAGAUGGCUGAGAGUGCCCCCCCUGGCGACAAGGUGUAUGACCUGCUGAAGAACUGGAUGCAGAAGGAGGGCCUGAAGGCGGACAUCAAUGCCCUGCUCCAGGCCCUUCUCAGCCUGGACCAGAGGCGCUCCGCUGAGAGCAUUGCAUUCGCUGCCAUCCAGAAGGGUUACUACAAACACGCAGACACGCCCUGACACCCCCAGCCUACUGGGGGGCGCUGCCUCAGAGACAUGUGUGGAUUGAGAUUAAAUCAAAAACAUUGUUGAAAGACAACUUCAACUCUUAUCGGCCUAAAUGGCCUGAUGUAUUCUGCCAAAUGCCUGUGCUUCUAAAACAACACCAAUGGAGGAUGUUGUCUUUCGAAUAUCUGCCAAUAUGGUCUGGUGUAUUUGGCCUAAAGGCCAGUGCUCUCUAAAACAAAACAUAAAAAACAAAAUGGAGGAGUUGGAGAUGGACGUUGUUUUCUUUGGAAGAUAGCAUUAUUGUCCAAAAAGGCCUGGUGUGUCCAGUCGUCAUGGCUUUCUAAAACAAAACAAAAACAUAAAAUGGUGGAAGAGUUAAAUGUUGUUGAUAGAUGUUGAUGUUGUCUUCCAAGAUGGCCUGAUUUAUUUAGCCUUGCUAGGCCUGAUGUAAGCUGAGAGCUGAUUGGAUGGGUCUGGAGCUCACCUUUGACCUCCAUGAUUUUACGCCCGGCCCCUUCUCUCUGAGCGACUGACAUGGCUUAUAGGCCAAUACCGACCCCUGGGACAGGGACAUACACUGGUUUGUAGGAGUGGCAUUAGCUAGCACAUUCUUAUGCCCAGGCGUUGCUGACGCCUGCCAGAUAUUACAACGCCUGGAUAGGUAUUUUAAGUAUCAGCUAACCACAUCAUAUGUUAUACCAAUCUGUCAGUCAAUGACACAGUCGAUGGCGUGGCACGCAACCACUGUGUCUACUUGAUGCACUGGCCUCUGGCACAUGUAGGGUUUAGAGCUACACGUAACAAAUGCCCAUAUUAGGCAGAAGUUUAUAUGUUUAAACUACAGGUAGAGAUAGGCCAUUUAAGCAUAAUGCUGUUAACAAUUACAGUAAAAUAUGGACCAUAUUGUACUCUGUUAGUUUAAAAUGCAGGUUAAUAUGAGUCAUGACCAUAUUAGAAGUAUUUUAGCCACAGUUAGAUAUGGUUCAUUUCAAUAUUUACAUAUUUCUGUGUAAAUAUGUGUCAUACGGUGGUCCGUUACUGUUACAGUUUUUUUUUUUUCUUCCAGAAUUCAUUUAUGAAUUAAAACGUGCCAUAGGCUCAUUUAAAGUGUAUACGUGCAGGUAAGGGCGAGGACGUAAACAUUUUUUGUUUUUCAUAAGUGACUAAACUGAAUGUUUUAUAGACUGCAUUGUUAGUUAUUUAGUUUUUCAGUGUUAAUGCAUUCUCACACUUGUUGGAAGGAGUUUCUGUAGCUAUUUCUUUUGUUCGUGAAAUGUUUCUCAAAUGUUUCCUACAAACACUCAGAGCCCUCAAGGUUUCAUAUUUUUGUAUUUAUUGACAUAUUUAUUUUAAACGAAUUAUAAUUACGUGUCAUUAUUUAUGCAAUUACGAACACAGCAGCCCUGGAAAACUAAAUAGGGCAGUAAUGUGUUGCUACAUUAUCAUGACUACAUUUAUCUAGAGGGCAACAUGACUGAGGUCAAAUAGACAGACAGGAGUGGCUGACCUGCAUUUGGGGUUAAUCCUGUCCUGCUCGAUGGCGCCGAACUGAUCAAAGACUAUGUUCAGUCAGUGCACAUACAGUCAAAGAAGUUCAUAGUUACCAUAUGCCAUUUCUGCACAUAGAGUUUCUUAUUCAAUCAAGCAUGUCAUCAUAAUGUCACUUUUGUGUUUUGGCUCUUGUAAUUAUGCUUAACUCGACAUUUGUCAGUCCAUUGGUGGACUAUUGAAAACGUCUCUCUCUGUGUUAGAGGGCAGGCUUUUCAAGCCACAAAUUAUAUGCCUGAUUCACACUGUAGGGCCGACCUAAACUGUACUUUUCACAUUGUCCAGUAUAGCUCUGCUCGGUUUGGCUCAGUAGUGUGAAAAGGUUAAUAAUGUAUUGAUAAAAAGUUGGACUCCUUUAUACAUGUCAACAAAGACAUGAAUAUACAGGUACGCAAAUCACGUUGUUUCUCAUUGUUUGGCUCUGUCGAGAAGAUGAAGGAAAGCUUUUCUGGAUAUUUAAGUCCCAAGUUAUUUUAAAUUUUUGAAAAGUCCAAGUUUAUUUCCUGUAGCGUCCUUUGUACCUACAUUACAAAGAGUGGAUUUAUGUGCUUCACAAAAUAUUAUAUAUAUAUAUAUAUAUAUAUAUAUAUAUAUAUAUAUAUAUAUAUAUAUAUAUAUAUAUAUAUAUAUUUACAGUUUUAUUAACAAAAAAAGAAAAGCCUUAAAACAGAAGGAACCAAAUGAAGUGUGAAGUAAGAUGCUUAGAAUAGACCUAGCGAGGCCAUAAGUGGUUAAUUGUUAGACCUAAGUACUAGCGUAUGAUUACUAAGUACUAGCACAUUAAACUUGGUUUGGCCCCUUUUUCCCUCCAGUCUAGUGGCUACACUUAUGUCAAAGAGGGAAGAAUUAUAUUUUAGCCAACAGAUUUGAAGCUACAGUGCUGGCACUGCCAUCUAGUGACGGACAAUGAAAAAACAGCCUGCAUCAAUUUCAAGGGACCUUUUUUUUCCUAAUUCUUCCUAAUGCUUUUCUACAAACUUUUUUAACACAUCUCUUCCAUUACGAUAGUACCUUUGAGACUGCUUUUGGCUCUUUUUUUAUGAAGUUUUAGGAGUUAGGAUUAUACAUUGGCAUUCAUAUCAUGUUUGCUCUGUGGCAGUCUCACACCUCACUUCUGUUUAUUUCGUUGCAUAGCUCCAAAACUUGUUUAUACUGCCUAUGUAAAUGUUUUAUGAACAAAUGUUUUUUCUUAUUUAAGUCAUUUUCUCCCUUAGACAAUUGUUUGCUAGUGUCUGGAUUUCAGAUAAGAAUGUGUCAAAGCCAUUGUAUUUGUUUAAUGUCAAUUUGAAAUAAACAUUUUGUACAAAUA